AUGCAGCUGGAUCAUCCAUCUCCAUAUGAGGCAGGUAUUCAAUUUGGAAGCAUUGAAUUUGAUAUCUUGGGUUCUUGUGAUGGCUUGAUUUGCUUAGGUCUUUAUAGGGCUUCACCUAUUGACCUUAAGGAGAUCAAUAACAUUUGUGUCUGGAACCCUAUAACUAGAGAAUAUAAGAACAUUCAAAUACGGCCACCAUAUUUUUACCACUCCAUAUUAAACGUAACUACCUAUGGAUUUGGCUAUGAUAGCAGCGUGGAUGAUUACAAGUUUGUAAGAAUUGUCUACCCUGAAAAUUGUAAUCAUUCUCAACUAGAGGUCUAUACAUUAGGAUCGGGUUUAUGGAAAGCUAUUGAAGAAAUUCCUUAUACGUUCCGUGAGACAACAGAUCGUCCUGGUUUGCUUUUGAAUGGAGCUCUUCAUUGGUUAUGCACCGCUAAAAACACCUUCUUCUCAUCUGAAGUUAUUUUUAGUUUUGACAUUAGCAAUGCGAGACUCAUUGAUGUGCCUAUUCCUGAAGAAACUAUGGAGCAGGAAAAACAUGUGGGAGUAUUAACAGACAACCUUUGUUUAAUGAGCAGCGCCAGAAGUCGCAUUGAUGUGUGGGUUAUGAUGGAUUAUGGAGUUGAUGAUUCGUGGGCUAAGCUAUUUAACUUUAAAUCUUAUAAUUUAGAGUUGACUCCGCUAUGGAUUCGAAAUAGUGAAAUUCUUUUGGCAAUUAAGAACGAAUUUGUUUCAUACGAUCCGAAAGAUGACAAACUUCAAUGUGCGUAUGUUUUUGCCCCCGCGAAGAAUUAUUUAGAACUGAAGAAAUCAGACAACGCGGGUUAUUGUUAUUAUCUGAAGAGCUUAGUUUCCCUCAAGUCGGGGACUUGUGUGGAGAAGAGGAUAGUCGAGCGAGACCGGAAGAAGCGUAAGCUAGCAUGA